AUGGAUUUAGCGGAGACCAUGAAAAGUGUUUUGGCAAAAAGUACGGGAAAUGCAAGUGGUGCUUCAAGUAGUUCUAAUGCGGCCGCCCCGCAUGGCGCUGAAGGCUAUGUGACAGAAAAACUUUACAUGUUAUUGCAGUUGUACUUGCAAAACAAAGGAUGGAGUCCCAGUAUAGAAUUAUUACAGUGCUUCAGUGAUCUCAAAGAGUCUUCAAUGUUGCCAAGUGCAGCUUACCUACAAAUGAUGGCUUCGAGAGUGGGUCUUGAUGCCCAAGGUAGACUAAUAUACAGAGAGAAUGGUAAAAUUAUAUUGCCAUAUGAACACUUUGCUAAUGCGGUGAUGCUUAAACAUAUGAAUGGUCCACAUGGUCUGCAUCUCGGCUUGGAAGCAACAGUUAGAGCUGUUGUGGAAUCUUAUACCAUUGGACGAGAUCAAUUUGGAAUGGAAAAAGAAUUUAUUGUUGAAGUUGUUCAGAACUGUCCCAAUCCUGCCUGUCGUUAUUAUAAGAGCCAGUUGGAAAUGACACAGAAAUCUAUACAACAACAUUUGUCACAACAACCAACAUAUAUACCAGAAGCGGGCGGCGCAGCUCUUCCUGACAACGCGGCGGUGGAACGUCUCCUUCGAGGCGGCGCCCUGCCUCCUGACUACCAGCUGCCACUGGCACCACACCUUGCUGCUCUCACAAACCUCGCCGGUGACAAGUCAGAGCGUCGUGGUGAUAAGAUGUCAACACAGCAGAUGUUACUACAUCAGAACCGCUCCCUCGGCCACGGGGACAAGUACUCACACUCGAGGACCCACUCCGGAGACAAUAAGAACAAACACCACUAUGAUGAACAUAAACUAACUGACUUUUUGAGAGCCAAUCUAGAGAGUUUGGAGUCUCUAUCGAGCGGUAGUCACGAGCGUGGUUCAGGUGCGUCGGCCGGUGGCGCUAGUGUAAGCGGUAGCGGUAGCGGGAGCGGAAGUGGGGGCGGAGGCGGACAAGAGCGUGUGGUGCGAGCGUUCGCGGAACUGGCGCGGAACUUACAGCGGAUGAGACCUUGUGUACGACCAGCGAUGUGCAAGCCUUACGGGAAGCAAAGUGAACAGUUACAGAAAAUUCUACUGGACACAAUUCAACUGGUGCAGUCUCUCCGGAGCUACCUGCCUCCACCACACAUACAAGUCACCUCAUGGAAGAAUGAUGACAAAUUACGUUCUAACAACAUGGAUGACCUCGAGAGUCGUAAGAUAGUGAGCGGCAACUGA